GGCUGUAGGAUGAGCUGCAGAGCGAAGCAGCAACUCCAGAAAGACUGAAGCGAGGAGAGCAGGACCAAGCGACACACGCCUACCAAGUAGGCAAGCCUCAACCAGAGCUAGCGUUCCCAGAGCCCGGGCCGCUCCCACCUAUGGUGGCGCCACCGGCCAGGGAGUGCGCCCCUGAAAGCACCGAGGCAAAUCCUGGAUGUUAUCUGUUCUCCCUAAGGAUUCCAACAGGGACCUGCACGCACUGACCCCAGCAGAAGUGCUGAACUCCAUGUGAGCAUAUCUUCCUGAUACACACCAACUCACCUGUAGCACCAUCAACAUGGGACCCCAGAACAGAAACACUAGCUUUGCACCAGACUUGAAUCCACCCCAAGACCAUGUCUCCUUAAACUACAGUUAUGGUGAUUAUGACCUCCCCCUGGGUGAGGACGAGGAUGUGACCAAGACACAGACCUUCUUUGCAGCCAAAAUUGUCAUUGGCGUGGCACUGGCAGGCAUCAUGCUAGUCUGCGGCAUUGGCAACUUUGUCUUCAUUGCUGCCCUUGCCCGCUAUAAGAAGCUGCGCAACCUUACCAACCUCCUCAUUGCUAACUUGGCCAUCUCUGACUUCCUGGUGGCGAUCGUCUGCUGCCCCUUUGAGAUGGACUAUUAUGUAGUACGGCAGCUUUCCUGGGCACAUGGUCACGUGCUUUGUGCCUCCGUCAACUACCUCCGUACGGUCUCCCUGUAUGUCUCCACCAACGCUCUGCUGGCCAUCGCUAUUGACAGAUACCUCGCUAUUGUCCACCCCUUGAAACCACGGAUGAAUUAUCAGACCGCUUCCUUCCUGAUCGCUUUGGUCUGGAUGGUCUCCAUCCUCAUCGCUGUCCCAUCUGCCUACUUCACCACAGAAACCAUCCUCGUUAUCGUCAAGAAUCAAGAAAAAAUCUUCUGUGGUCAGAUCUGGUCGGUGGACCAGCAGCUCUACUACAAAUCCUACUUCCUCUUCGUCUUCGGGCUUGAGUUCGUGGGUCCCGUGGUCACUAUGACCCUGUGCUAUGCCAGGAUCUCCCAAGAGCUCUGGUUCAAGGCUGUACCUGGCUUCCAGACGGAGCAGAUCCGCAAGCGGCUGCGUUGCCGCCGCAAGACAGUGCUACUGCUCAUGGGCAUCCUUACAGCCUACGUGCUGUGCUGGGCGCCGUUCUAUGGCUUUACCAUAGUGCGAGACUUCUUCCCCACGGUAGUUGUGAAGGAGAAGCACUACCUCACCGCCUUCUACGUCGUGGAGUGCAUUGCCAUGAGCAACAGCAUGAUCAAUACUAUAUGCUUCGUGACGGUCAAGAACAACACCAUGAAAUACUUCAAGAAGAUGCUGCGCCUCCACUGGCGGCCAUCUCACUACGGGAGUAAGUCCAGCGCUGACCUCGACCUCAAAACCAGCGGGGUGCCUGCCACUGAAGAGGUGGAUUGUAUCAGACUAAAGUAGCCUGCAGGUGUUGCCCAAGGAAAAAUUUAACAUUCGGUACUCAGUAAAUCACACACCAUCAACCACUCACAAGCUACAUGGAAAGAAUCAGUUGUAUUCAUGUUCUCCUGCUCUAAUGUAUCGGGACGCUUCUAUGUAAUAACAUACAGCACAACUGAUGUCUACAUAACAUCUUAGAAGAUAGACACAAAUAGUAACAAGUGACGUGGACUGAAUGCUUCUGUCUGCAAACCACAUCAACCAAUUAUUCAAGGACAAGAGCUGACAUGUGAGAAUUACCUGCUAUGUGCAAAAACAAGUUACCCCUACCCCCCAAAAAUGAUAGAAGCUAUUUGGAGUUAUUCAGCUCUAUCUAUCUAUCUAUCUAUCCAUCCAUCCAUCCAUCCAUCCAUCCAUCCAGGUCACUAGAAAGAAGUCACAAAUGACUAGCCAGAGUCAUGCUACAUAUUCUUUCAUUCUGUAUCUUUUCUGCACAGAACUGUCAAAGGCAAUAGAAUAAAGCACUUAGACAUACUAGAAAUGUAAGGAUAACUCCAUCAAUAGGGAGACCAUGGCCUCAUAGGAAGAGGGUCCAUAUAGUAUACUGACUUUCCCCACUCCACACCAGUUGUCUCCUUAGAUAUUCUGUACUCAUCUGGAAUGUUGUAAUUUCAAAUGAGGAAAAAUAAGGGAGCAGGCUUUACCACAGAUGUAUCAAAUCUCAUCAAGCCCAUUGGGCAAAGAUGGGCAGUCCUGAGACAAGAAAUGUAUCCAGUUGUGGAUAACUUUAAUGCCAAGGAUUUCAGGGCUCUGGGGUCUUGGAGGAAGAGGACACAGAAAGAGCCGAGGUUUCCAGUGGCAAUGAGUAUAAUCUGAACAUUUGCUAUGAUUUGGACAAUUUUCUAGAACAUACAAUGACUUACAAAAGGAACUCUACUUGAGAUCCAAAGAUCCGGGUAAAAGUCCUAACCCCAGGACUCAUCUCUGUGUGUCUCCACUGUAAUGAAAUGGAAAUAAUGAGAACGGAUCAUUAGGAACAUCAGCCCAGCGAAGUCAUGGUGUGGAUGUGAUUUUCACCUCUUCCUUUGUGAAGAAUGAGGUCGUGAAAAGCUCAUUAGAGGGAGUUUGGAAUGGAGAAACAGCUCCACACUUUUCAUCCCUCUUCCUUGAAUCAGAGACCACUAAACGCAUUUUUGAAGUAGCGUAUCUAUAGUGAGGCAUAAAGGUCUCCCUGUCACAGGGUGCAAUCAAGAAGAUCCAGUCAAUGCCCAUACCCUCAGCAUCCCUGUGGUCUUAGACAGUCUUCCCAACAAAGCACUGGUGGACCCCAGGACUGAAUUCACUUGUAUUAUUAUGUCAUCUACUGAAUACUAAGGUUGAUCAGGUUGGCUAGAUAGGUAUUUUCUUCCUCCUUCACAGCCCCAUAUGUAUCCCUCCCUUAAACUCAGUUACUAAGGAAGACCUUCUUAAACACAGGAGAAUCAUUAUUCUGUCCAGGACACAAAUAACCUCUCCAGUAGACACUGUACCCUUCACAUGUCAACAGAAUUUGCCUCCUUCUUGUAUUUAAACAUCCUCCUUUCAUUUAGAUUUAACCAGAAACCAUUCCUGUAAAUAUCAAUGCAUUUGUGAUACCCCACUGUAAAAAGCAUAUGCUGUUAUCAUAUGGCAUAAUUAACAUACAGAAUUGUAAUCAUAGUUCCCAAAAGGUUCCCUACUCGUGUUGUAUCUUAUGUUUAUAUGUUUGAUGUAAAUGGAGCUGUGUAGCUGUCUAAGCAGCUCAAGCCUGAAAUGAGGGAAUGUCCAAAGGUGUUCUUAGGGCAGGGCCAUCUCAGGCUAGCAGCUGGCCUCAGUUUGUGCUCUCUCAGGAGUGUGUUCUUGAAUAUGAAUUAGUAGCAAACCAUUAUCCUAUGUGCCCCUUGUUUAUAAACGAUUUUUUAAAAUGCAGGCUUCUUUUCACUUAGAAAAUAUUUGUGCGUCUGGCUAGAACUAAGGUAAUAAGUUAAUUACAUUUGUGUUCAGUCUUCCCAAGACUAAUUAAGGGCAAGCUUAAGACACUCUUAACACGUCAAGAUAAGUACACACUUAUGCCUCCUAUUUCAUGGAGAAAGUUAAUCUCACUUAGCAAAGCCAGAUCUAUUUUCUUGGCCACAUUAUGAGAAAAGAUGGUUAGACAAUGAAGCUGUUACAGAUUUUUGUUAUGCAUCCAACAUUUAAAAUAAGUUACUUCUAAAUUUGGAGAAAUCAAAAAAAAAAAAAAAAAUGCUUCAGGCCCUCAGGCAUGACAAACAACUCCAGACUUCACAAGGAACAAUGUGUCAUUUGGGAGGUAAUUAGAAAUCUUAACACAAGUUCUGUUUCUACUUAAAAAUGGUGGCUCCAAAACCCAUCUUUGCAUCCAACCAUAUACUCCCUUGGCCACAAGAAUGAACACACACACACACACACACACACACACACACACAUCACUAGAACACCAUACCAAGAAAUGCCUUGAGAACAUAACAUUCAGCUCCUUUCUUUGGUGGAUCUGAAUUCCGAAAAAGGAAAUCACCCAUAACAGGUACACAGUUGAUUCUUUCUAGAGCUAAAGCCUUGUCCUAAGAUUUUAUCUCUAGGACGAUGAGCAGCUUUCAGUGACUGCCUAUACUUGAGUCCAAAGGACCUGGCACACUGUGGUAGCAGGUUCCAGAGUAUGUAGAAUCUUAAGUCUCUAGGUUGCUUUGCUUGUUUGUUAAAAAGAAGUUAAAUCCCCAUUCUGAAUACCUUGUGGUAUAAACUAAGAUCAAGAGACAAAGUGUGGGUUGUACACAGGGAUUCCUUGUAGACGGCUGUUGGAGGUUCAUGGUAUCCAACUCUAUCCAGAAGAUGUUCAAAAAAUAACAUCCAGUUCUUAUAAAUGAGCAUUUCUCUAAAAAGUUUUCCAUAGUGCAUCUUAAUCAAUUUUAAUUUUAACAUAUACUCCCUUUUCUACAUACAGUUGAAAAUAGUAAGUAUGUGUAUCCUCAUGAGUUGUUAUGAUAUAUAUGCAUAUGCAUAGUCUCAUUGUUGUAGGAUUGCAUGUUUAUAUAUUUGUUUACAAACUAAAAUAUACUUGUAAUCCCCAA